UAGAACUUUUUGCCAUAUUCGCCGCAAUGACAUCGUUGACAUUGUGCUGCUCGCGUCGUGCGGUCGCUGCCAACGCCUACGUCAACGCCAAUUGGCGGUUUAUUCAAACACUUCAAAGGCGCCAACAACAACAACAACAAUUGCAAUUACAACAGCAAUGUAGGCGUCUCAGCGCAGCUGCAACAACAACAGCGCCAAAAACCAAUGCAAAUAACAGCGAAUUUGCCAUCUUAUCGCGUAACAUGUCGUUGAGUGCGUCGUCGCCCAAACUGGUCGCUGUCGAGGAGUCGCGCCGCUUUAUGAUCGAUUGCUUCAAGGCCGUGAAGGUGCCCGAGGCGCAUGCGCGUGCCCAGGCCGAUCUUCUGGUGGCGGCCGACUAUCGUGGCCACUUUAGCCACGGUAUGAAUCGGCUGGAGAUGUACAUCAAUGACUUGGCCAUUAAUUCGACAAACGGCGGGGCCGAUCCGAAGGUGCUCAAGGAAACCCCGGCAACGGCCUGGGUGGACGGCUGCAAUGGACUGGGCGCUGUGGUUGGCAACUUUUGCAUGGAUCUGGCCAUCAAGAAGGCCAAAACCGUGGGCAUUGGCUGGGUCUGCAGCAGAGGCUCCAAUCAUUAUGGCAUGGCCGGCUGGUAUGCGCUGAGGGCCAUGGAAAAUGGCCUGGUGGGCAUGUCCAUGACGAACACGUCCCCGUUGAUGGCGCCCACCGGCGCCAAGGAGGCGGCGCUGGGCACCAAUCCGCUCUCGCUGGGCGCCCCGGCUGGCGACUGCGAUCACUUUCUGCUGGACAUGGCCACCACCGCGGUGGCCGUGGGCAAGAUCGAGAUACAGAACCGCAAGGGCGCGCCGCUGCCCGACGGCUGGGCCCAGGAUCCCGAUGGCAAUGUGACCAACGAUGCCAAGUUGGCGUUCGCCACCGGCUGCCUGCUGCCGCUGGGCGGCACCGAGCUAACCUCUGGCUACAAGGGCUACGGCCUGGGCGCCAUGGUGGACAUACUCUCCGGCGUUAUGUCCGGCGCCAAGUACUCGACGCAGGUGCGCAAAUGGACGCACACGGGCGCCAACACAGCCGCCGAUCUGGGCCAGCUUUUCGUUGCCAUCGAUCCCAAUUGCUUUGCGCCCGAUUUCGAGGAGCGCAUGCAGGACUUCAAUUCGCGUCUGCGCGGCGCCAAGCCGACCGAUCCCAAUAAGCCCGUGCUGCUGGCCGGCGACAAGGAGUCGAGGAACAUGAAGGCCGUCGACGAGGCGGGCGGCAUCCAGUAUCUGGAGAACCAGCUGAACACCUGCGCGGCCCUGGCCGAGAGGCUCAAAAUCAAGCCGCUGAGCUUCAAGUGAGGCGGAUCAAUCAUAUCUGGAAACACACACAUAUGCCAUAAAUUAAAGCUGCUUUUGCAUUUUUCUUGACCAAAGGAUUUGACUAGUGCCUAAGUUGAGAACAGUUAACUUUUACUCCCUAGACUCUUUGAUAUAUAUAUAUAUAUAAAUUUUAUAUAUGUUAUGAUAUUGUUUUGCAAAGCUAAUAAAACUAGACUUGAAUUAUA